GGCGAGUCAAUAAUGACGACAUUUAAAUUUUUGUGCCAUCCUACUGAAAUACAGGCGCGCGCGAUCGCUCAGGUGCUUCCUGGUGCUUCAUUGCAGGAUCACAGGCAGGGGAACCGAAACGCUCAGGAGCGCUUCCAGGAAGCGUCACUGGGGAGCACGCGCGCCGACAGACCGAGAAAUGCAGCAGUGUCUGCGACUCUCCGUCAGGUAACCGCGAAACUAGAAGGUUCGCAGGCAGUGCGCGUGGCUUGGAGUGCGCGACGGUGUUUUUAUUUUCCCGCCGUCGGCGCGAGCUGCUGCUGACGCGAUGCUUUAGCCAUGGACAGCAGGAUAAAUGAGAAUCCUGCCAGAACGUUUGAUUUGGCACUUCAGGUUGCAUGUCCAUCAUCUGAACAUGAAGAUCCGACAGUGCUGUGGAAGUUCCCUCAGGACUUUGGAGACCAGGAGGUCCUGCAGAUAGUGCCUAAGUUCUGCUUCCCAUUUGACAUUGAAAGAGUGUCCCAGACUCAGGUGGGCCAGAACUUCACAUUUGUGCUCACAGACAUUGAGAGCAAGCAGAGGUUUGGGUUCUGUCGGCUGACGUCCGGCUGCAGGGUCUGCAUCUGUUUGCUCAGCUAUCUACCAUGGUUUGAGAUUUAUUAUAAGCUGCUAAAUACCCUUGCAGACUACUUGUCAAAACACCAGGAAGAUGACUUGAACGACAUGUUGGAAACGCUGCACAACCACCCCUUGCCAAAGCCGAAUACGCCAGUAAAUCUGAGUGUGAGCAACUACUUACAUUUUGCCAAUGGGCAAGUAGUGCAAGAUCCAGGAAGCAGACAGUCGCAUUCAUACUUCAUAGCUCCUGAUAUUAAUGGACUCCCCACCAUACCUGAAAAUAGAAAUUUAACUGAGUACUUUGUCGCAGUGGAUGUGAACAACAUGUUGCACCUCUACGCCAGCAUGCUGCAUGAGCGACGCAUCAUCAUUACCUCGAGCAAGCUUAGCACUUUAACUGCAUGCGUGCAUGGGUCCACUGCCAUGCUCUACCCUAUGCACUGGCAGCACAUCUUCAUCCCUGUACUUCCUUCUCACCUGCUGGAUUACUGCUGUGCGCCCAUGCCAUAUCUGGUCGGAGUUCAUCUCAGCCUUUUAGAGAGAGUAAAGGGCAGAUCUCUGGAGGAUGUGGUCAUUCUGAACGUGGACACAAACACCCUGGAAAGCCCCACAGACGACCUCUACAACCUGCCCAGUGACGUGGUCUCUAGUUUGAAGAGUAAGCUGAAGAAGCAGUCGACUGCUACAGGAAGUGGGGUGGCUCGGGCCUUUCUACAUGCUCAGGCUGCGCUGUUUGGCUCCUAUCGGGAUGCCCUGAGAUAUAAACCUGGAGAGCCAAUCACCUUCUGCGAGAAGAGCUUCAUGGCACAUCGCUCCAGCACCAUGAGAAGUUUCCUUGAGAUGGCCGUGAACCUGCAACUCUUCAAGCAGUUCAUUGAAGGCAGACUGGCCAAAUUAAACGCAGGAAGGGGCUUUACAGACGUCUAUGAAGAGGAGAUCACAGUGGGGGGCUUCUGUAGAAGUAAUUCGAGGUCUUAUCAGCAGUGGAUUCACACCAAGAUGCGGCAGAGAGCAAAACCAGUUGUGAAAAACCUUCAGAUGGCCAAAAAUCAUGCGAAACGGAAAAUACGCGACAUGAAGGACAAGAUUACACAAAAGGAUGCUGAAGAGGAGGAAAGCCCGUACUGUGCAGGUUCUCCCACCAGCACUAAAAGCCUCUCACCCAGGAGACUUCAGAGGAAAGCGCAUCAAAAUCCAAAGUCGUCUCCACACAUGAGCCUGUGUUUUCCAGAUGGAUAUAACGACAACAAUGAUGACACAGCCAGCAGAAUAUCCUCUGAGGACAGCGGGGAGGUGGCGUCAUACAAUGAGGACAGUGAUGACUCUGAUUUAGAGUUUCAGUCUGAAGUUAGUCAAACGGGCCAGAUGAACCUGCUGGAGGAGAUUUUGGACUCUCUCAGUACAUCCCACAUUGAACAAGGGCGACUGUCCGCUGCCAAGAGCCUGGACUUUUUCAGAUCAAUCGAAGACCUGGACUACAAUUCCACGAAAAAUUGCAAGUCCCCACUGGGAAGUAGUCCUGCUCAGGCUGGUUGUGAAGUAGGAAACGGCGAACAAGGUGGAUGGAAUAUGGGUCAAGAUGACAGCGCCGUCCACGGUAAGCAUCUCCCACCUUCUCCUCGACGCCAACCCAGCUCCUGUUCCCUUCCUGUCUGUCCUCCCCUUCCCAAUGACGUCGCCAAUGAAGAGGCCUCUGAGAACCCGAGAAACACUCUCCCUGAGACACCCACAGUUCAACUCUCGCUACUCUGCGACAUUGACAGACCCACUAGUUCCCAGCUGAGCCCAGACAACCAGCCGCCAACAGGCCGCAGCCUCUCCCGACAGAAGGUCCUUUCCAGAAAAACCCAGAGGCCCUCUCAGGAGCAUGCCCCGCAGAAGGCAUCAGGCAGACAACCUUCAGUCCUCGUUCCGUGGGAGAGGGAAAACCAGCCCCAGGAGACAGAUAUGGAAGCAAGAGGGAAUGAGACUCAAGAGAAAGGCUUGCUAGAAGAGAUCGAGUCCAUGUGUCACAUCAGCAUGGCCCUCAAAAGCAACCAGGAGCUCACACACAUUGAACACAACACCAGCCUGGACGAAUCCUGAGAAAACGGCAGAACACUCAGAUCUAACCUUUCUCUUUUCAUAUUCACGCUAUCCUCUGAAGUCACACCAGCACUCAUUGCAUGAAGUGUUUGCAAAGGUGUUUUGUAGUUAAUGUGAAUGAUCGGUCCUCUUAUUUCUCACAUUCGGUCCGAAACAAACGGUAUCUUUCAGAACUGGUGGUUGGAAAGGACGAAAAUAAGGUUUAAAGGGAUUUAUGUCAGCAUUCAUCAUUCAGUUUUAUUUAAUUCAGCAGAUGAUUUGCACGUGCAUAGUUUCAAAUCACUGUUUUGAUAAAUCACUGUGGAUGAGGGACAGACUUCUCCCUGUAUAUUUUACUAAACCGUACGAAAGUAUUUAAAUAGCCAGCCAAUCUCAGCUUAAUAUAAUGCCUUAAACAGAUUUAAUUUGUAUUUCCUGACUGUGCCAUUGUAGCUGGCUAGCUUGCUAAUUACUAUCACUAUCUUUUGCAUGAAACACAUCUUAUAAAGAGAUAUUUAUCUUGGCCAGGUGGACAACUGGUUUUCAAUUUGCUAUAUUUUUUAAGAAAAAAAAUAUUUUUUCAAGACAAUUCUCAGGUUUAUGCUUUUAUCCAAGAUGAGAUGUUAGCAUUUUAAUUUCAUCCAAAAAUGACAAAAAUCCCAAUUGUUUUUUUUAAGGACUAAUAAUCUUAGAAUAUAGAUUUUUUUCUUUCGCAAAGUGUGAAAAUACUGGUGCUGCCAAUGCCCAGUGCAAAGGGGGAUACUUGUUACUGAUAAAUAAAUGUGUUUUAAACCCCUUAUUAUCCUCUUAUUCUAUACGAAGGCCCAAAAUAUACUCCAUGCAGUUACAAGAACACAAACGCUUCUAUCUAGCAGGCACAAUUUCACACAAAGUUGUGAAAUUUCUAACGUAACACGUACAUGUUGCAUUCUCAGUGUUGCCACAAGGGGUGCAGUAUCAGUUGCUAGUAAACUAGAUGAAAUUGCAUACUGUCUGAGUAGCUAUUGUAUCUUAUGAAGAACGAACUUCGUAACCUUCAACGAGUCUGUUCUCUAUAAUACGAAUGUGUGUAGUAUAAAUUAAAUGUUGCCAUUUUGUUAUUGUGACUUACAACGUUUGCGUCGCUUCACUGCCAUUCGUGACUCCUCUUCCAUGGCCUCAAGGGAUAGUAAACGAUCCAUUGAAUGUGCACUUCAAAAUAUUGCCAGAAGUAGUGAGUAAUUGGGUACUUUUUGCCUACAGUUUUAGAAAUAGCAUAAAUUCAGUUGUACUACUCUUUUCACGUACCGUUUUUUGCCUACUAUAAUAGUAGGGAAGUAGCCAUAUUCAGAUGCAGGGUGUCUUCAUCUAUGGCCAGUUUUCUCUUUCACCUCAACUACUAUCAUGGGGGUUUGAUGUGAACCAAGACCUCUAGCUAGCUACCUGAAUUGCUAACUCAUACGGUUUAGUAGAACAGACGUUUGCAUGUAACUAGCCUCCUUGAAUACUGACAUUUGCAGGUUAAAGCGCAACAGAACUGCUUUCCGAUCGUUUUAGUUAGAGAAAGAUUUGCCUCGCCCCCUGUUUCACUCAUAUCAUUCAUAUCAGCUGUGGACGUCACCUUCAAAGCUGUACUGCUACACCAAACAGGAAGUGGUCAUUAGAUCCAGCACUUGUUUCUUUAGUGGCUGAUGAAUUGUUUAGGCUGUUGAGCAGAGUGAUUUAGGACACGUGCCAUUCUGUCGGACACUUUAAUGACUCUCCUCUCCCCUCCUGCGUAAUCUGCUGUGGUAACGAUAUGGCUGUAAAAGCAUUCAAAGUUUAGGACCCCUGUCUCAAGCUAGGCUUCUUAACGUAGCGGUUUAACUCAAAGCUGUCCUGAAACUAUGCUUCAGCCUUUGAACAAAUCAGAUGUGCUGAUGAACUAUGCAAAUUCCCAAUCAGUGUUAUAUGCUCGGUACCCACAAAACAUGCAGGACAUGUGGUUGGAGUAAAAAUGUCAACACUGAUGGUACAUAUAUGAAAAAUAAAUAAAUAAAAGGUGAAAUGAAAGAUGCCAUGCUUAAAUAGCUAUUCUAUGGAAGCUUGUUUCCGCCACAGGUAAAAAAAAAUAAAAAAAAAAUGG